UGCGCGCAGUGUAGCAGUAAUACGGCGGCAGUGACUGGCUGCGGUGAGUGGAGCUGAGAUGUACGGCUACGGCCAGUAGAGCGUAAAGCUGGCGCCUGGUUAUAUCAUGAAUUUCCGGGGUCUGUUCCAGGACUUCAACCCCAGUAAAUUCCUUAUAUACGCGUGUUUGUUGCUUUUCUCUGUUCUCCUGUCCCUGCGCCUGGACGGCAUUAUUCAGUGGAGUUACUGGGCAGUAUUUACACCAGUAUGGCUGUGGAAACUAAUGGUCAUUGUAGGAGCCUCAGUGGGCACAGGAGUGUGGGCUCGGAACCCUCAGUACAGGGCAGAAGGGGAAACCUGCGUGGAGUUUAAAGCCAUGCUUAUAGCAGUGGGGAUUCACUUACUGCUUCUGAUGUUUGAAGUUCUAGUGUGCGACCGAAUUGAGAGAGGAAACCAAUACUUUUGGCUCUUAGUUUUUAUGCCGCUGUUCUUUGUGUCUCCGGUUUCAGUUGCCGCGUGUGUCUGGGGUUUCCGACACGACCGGUCUCUGGAAUUGGAAAUCUUGUGCUCUGUUAAUAUAUUGCAGUUCAUAUUCAUUGCACUAAGACUUGACGGCAUCAUUACUUGGCCAUGGCUAGUGGUUUGUGUACCCCUAUGGAUUCUGAUGUCUUUCCUGUGCUUGGUAGUGUUGUAUUAUAUUGUGUGGUCUGUCCUCUUCUUACGCUCCAUGGAUGUCAUAGCAGAACAAAGGCGGACUCAUAUCACCAUGGCAGUCAGCUGGAUGGCUAUAGUUGUGCCAUUGCUCACGUUUGAGAUUCUACUUGUUCAUCGAUUGGAUGAACAUAAUUUGUUCUCCUACAUCCCCAUCUUUGUCCCUUUGUGGCUUUCGUUAAUUACCUUGAUGGCGACGACAUUUGGGCAGAAAGGAGGGAAUCACUGGUGGUUUGGUAUCCGUAAAGACUUCUGCCAAUUCCUGCUAGAGAUAUUCCCUUUCCUGCGGGAAUAUGGCAAUAUUUCGUAUGACAUUCAUCACGAGGACAGUGAAGACGCAGAGGAAACACCUGUACCGGAGCCUCCGAAGAUUGCGCCAAUGUUCCGUAAAAAGACUGGUGUUGUUAUUACACAGAGCCCAGGGAAGUAUGUCGUACCACCUCCCAAACUGAGCAUUGAUAUGCCAGAUUAAAUGGGCUUUUACUUGACCAUGCAGAGGUGCACUUGCCUGAAAGAAACUAGACUGUAUACGCUACUGACCUCACUACAGAUUGUUUUCCUGGUUUUUAUUCUUUACUCUUAUUUUUUUAUGCAGUCUACUUUAUAAUGCAGCUUUACAUUACUUCUCUGUUCUGCUGCAUUGAGACCUUUCCCUGACCAUGUCAGCUAAGCUAAUAGAUUUAUAUAUCCAUUUAAUACUUGGACUCCUCAGAGAAUAAUGUAAUAUUGUAAUGUAAAUUGUCUGCUGUUUGUCAUACCUGUAAAGGCUUUUUUGUUUAUUGUACAGCUAGUGUGCAAGGAACCUUCACUUUGGAAACAAGUAUUGAAUCUCUUAAAUAACCACUAGCAAAACCAUGUUUCUCUGUAUGGAAAAAUCAAGCAUUACCGCCUUAUUGAAAUGGUAAUAUUUGAGAAACAAGCUUAAUAUUCUGUCCAUCCUGGUACCAGUCCAAUUCAGGAUUUUAUACUUGUAGGUGUUUGAACAAUGCUUGUUUGUAUAGUAUUUAUAAGAACAUUUUAGCAAUGUAAUAUAUUCUGUUCAAAAUUAUACUUAUGUACAGUAUAAAUUGAUAAAUACAGAGUAUUUUUUUUAAAAUAAGGUUUGUUUGUAAGAAAAAAAACUAAAAAAGUUGUUUUCCGAAAAGUCAGUUAUUAUAUUUUACAUUUUAAAUGCUCCAGUGAUAUGUUUGUCGUUACAGUUGCCAGUAAUUUUUUUUCACACUGUUUAUUCAAACUUUAAUUCAAAUCAGUUUAUAUGUAAAAUAUCAGUGAUAUCAAUAUGAAUGUUAAUAAAUUAUAAGGCAGUAAAACCGUUGCUUGUAUAGUUCUACUGCAUAAGUCUGGUGUUAAGUAAAUUCUUUAGAUGUCUUGAAAAUUUCAUGGUGUUUAAUUGUUAUUUUGAUCAUUUGUGUACACGACGCCAUGAGGGCUCCACAGCACCUUACAACGUACAUAAAUAGGAAGAGUCUGAACACAUCAGCAGUCAUAAAACCCAAACCAGCAGGUUGUUGGCAUUGAGGUGAUAAGUAGGGAAAGGAAAAGCACAUGUCAAAGUCAGAAAAAUGUCUCUAUGCACGUUGCCAUAUUUGCACCGCACACUGGUCCAUGCUGCGCAUGCGUGCGCUUUCCCGUGUCUGCGCAUACCCGCUAGUGCGUGCACCCGCUCGCACGGUAUGUGCAUUUACGGUAAAGAGUAUGUAGUCGUAGCGUGCGACUCAUUCGUUACAAAUGUUCACAAUUAAUGUAGUUUAUAGAUU